UCGGUCGGGCGGCCGGCGGCGGGCCAUGUCCUUGGGCUCGGAUGUCGCGGUGGAGCGGGGCGGUAGCCCCAUCACGGAGUGGUUCUGGCACCGCGAGGUUUCCCAGGGCUUGUACCUGAUCCGGGAGCGCUUCUUCGAUGCGGGGAAACGGGCCAAUAUCUGGCUUCUGCAGGGCUCGCAGCGGGACCUGGUGGUGGACGGCGGCCUGGGCCUGAGGGAUCUGUCCGGCUACCUGUACGCCAGUCGCCUCAUCGGCGCCAAGCCGGUGAUGGCCGUCGCCACCCACGUCCACUUCGACCACUCGGGCGGCCUGCACCAAUUUGAGCGGGUGGCCGUGCACCGGCUUGAGGCCGGCGCCCUGAUACGGGGCGAUGACUACGAGGCGGUGACCUGGCUGUCGGACGCCGACAUCUCCAGGGCCCCGUGGCCGGGCUGGAAGGCGAACACGUACUGGGUGAAAGCCGUGCAGCCCGCCCGGGUCCUGGAUGAGGGUGACGUUAUUAAUCUUGGAAACCGUCAGCUCACUGUUCUGCACAUGCCUGGUCACUCUAGAGGUUCCAUCUGCCUUCAUGACCAGGAGAACCGCAUUCUCUUUAGUGGCGAUGUAGUGUACAAUGGAGCACUGAUUGACUGGCUCCCUUACAGUAACGUGAGUGACUACGUCCAAACCUGCAAACGCCUAAUGUCGCUGGUGGACAAUGACCUUGUGGAAGAAGUGCUACCUGGCCACUUUGAUUCUUUUGAUGGUGAAAGACUUUACACCUUGGCCUCACGUUAUGUUGCUAGUGCAGGAGUGUGCCAUAAAAUGUUGUCGUUUGCUACUCGAGGCAUUGCAAGUGUAGUCCUUUGGUUUAAGAAUUCUCAUAGGCAUUUGGUACGAUAAGAUUGGUGGCACAAAUCUUAGCAUCACUUAACCUUUCAGAUUUAAAUAAAAUUGCUUUGUAAAGGAGCGGAAGCCAAAUGUUACUCAUUCUUAGGGAGUUAAGAUUAAUACUUGCUUAUUGAAGGAUGCUGUUUUAUAAUGCUCCUUGUGGAAGAGUGCAGUCAUGUAACAAUUCUACAAGUAAUUUUGUGAUUAUAUGCUUAAAAAGAAUGGAAAUGGAAUAUUAGAUUCAACAAGCACAGACUUUGUAUUUUAUGAAAGACUGCCUUUGAAGUUUAAUUAUUUAUCUAUUGAGAUACUGUGCAGAAUAGGCCCUUCUGGUCCUUUGAGUUAUGCUGCCUAGCAAUCCCCCUAUUUAAUCCUGGUCUAAUCAAGGGACAAUUUACUAUGACUAAUUGACCUAUCAUCUUGGACAGUCUUUGGACUGUGGGAGGAAACCAGAACUCCUGGAGGAAACCCACACGGGGAGAAUGUACAAACUCCUUACAGACAGUGGUGGGAAUUGAACUCAAGUCACUGGUACUGUAAAAUGUUGGGCUAACCACUAUGCUAUUGUGCCACUGACACAUUAGAGUAAUGCUAAUUACUGAACAGUUUUUAAUCUAGCUGUGUAAUUUUAAAACACUGUUAAAACACUUAGUUCUCCAUUAGACAUAUAAUUUAAAUGCUACCUGAUUUUUGCUGGAAAGAGAACAGUUGGAUUGCUUAAAUCAAUGCACCAAUCUUUUUCUCCCCCUCUAAACAUACAGAAUGGGGUGAAAAACCUUUCUUAGCCUUUUACUAAUGAUGAGAAGCAGUUAAAAUGAUCUCUUCAAAUCGUAUAUGAUGAUGAAGAAGGAAAAUUAUGUUCCUGUUUGAAUAGUCCACAUCUUAGUGAAUUUCCCAAUUGCUCAGCUGACAGGAAUAACCUUAUGAUAAAGCACCCGUGUUUCAGGAUAUUGAUUUCUUUUCUGUAGAUAAUUUAAGCUCUGUCACUUAAUUAAAGUAACUAUUCUCAGCUGAGAAAGUUAUCUCUUGUGAAAUCGAUGAGCAAAUAAACACUAGGAAAUAGCAAUACUUAGCCCCAUGACUUGUACUGGGGUGCAGGCCACCGACAGUAGCCUGCCAUAGUCCUCUGUCCUGGGCCAGUCUCCCACAUUAUCUUCGGGUGUAGUCCAUCUCUUGGUAUAUCCUUCCCUUCUCAGAGAUGAGGCUUCUGCGGCUUCUGUUGCUGUUUCUGUAGCUCUGGGUUUUUACAGUUUGGGUUGCUACCCCCAUGCCCAACACACCUCCUUUUGCAGCCAGCUUGGGCAGUACAUGCGGAGUUAGGAAAUAGUAAUAGUAUGGUGUAAAAUGAGGAUGUAUACAAAUUCCAUCGGAAAGCUAGGCAACUUUAAAGUCAGAUAAUGUAUAUCUCUAUAGUUGGAUCAAGCAUUAGUGCUUUUUAAUGUAAAAGUGUGUUCAGUGAAAUUUUCACAUUUGCAUCGCAGUACUUGAUGCAAGGGCUCGUGGGAGAGUAUUACGUUUCCUUAGUAUCUAGUUUUGAGAUGUUUUUCUUUUGAUGCAGGGACAUGGGCUGAGCAAGGAUUAGGGGUGAACUGAUCAUUUGGUACAAUAGCCUGAAGCAAGGGUUCCCAAAUAGGGGUCCCCAGACCCCUUGGUGAAUGGUAAGGCUCUAUGACAUAAAGGUUGGGAACCCCUGAUCUCUCUGAAGGAUGCCAAGAGCUUGUCUUGCUGAGAGUCAGCCUGGAAGGGUUCUCUGUGGAACAUGAGGAGGAUAUGUAUAGUGGAGUUUUGUAUUGAUCACUGUUCUCCUGUGUGCUUCACAGUCCUUUGUCUUUGGUGAUCAUAGACCUUAUUCUGGAGAGCCUUUCACUAUUGUCAAAUGAUAGCAUAGAGACGAUCCAAGAGAAAACCAUUAUAAAAUGUUUAAAUAGGAUAGUUUGCUUAAGAGCAAGUCUUGCAGCCAGUGUCAGAAUUAAAGGGAAUAGUAGUUAAUAGUAAUACAAUUGCACAUUAAAAUAGAGGAUACAAUGCUGUAAUUAAUUAUUUUGUAACUGACAUGAAUUUAUUCAAAAACCUGAAUGAAUUUUGUUUUUUUUUUGUGUGUAGGAAGAGGCCUUUGCUUUUGUAUUUGCAUAUAACUGAGAGCUUGCCUUCUCGGGGAGGGGUAAACUUUAAAUAGAUAAUUGAACAGGGGCGUCCACUUUAGUUAGGAACAUCUAAGCAAGUUUCAGUUAACAUUCAGAAAGCACAACAGGGCCUCCAUGCACUUCUAAGUUCAAAGUAAAUGUAUUAUCAAAGUCACAAUAUACAACACUGAGAAUUUUCCUGUGGACAUGCUCAAUAAAUUAUAGAAUAAUAACUGUAAGGGAAUCAGUGAAAGACUGUCCAACUUGGAAGUUUAAUUGACAAACAUCCUGGUAAGACAUUUUGCAAAGUCUUACCAAAAUGGUAUGAACCUUCCUCAUACUGUUUUACCUGCUGGACUGUGUAGAUAAUAUCAAGGGUCCAGGGAAGAGAAGUUUCAUGCACUUAUUUAUCUUUGUAAAGAAGAAAUAGUGUUACAAUGUAUUGUCAACAUCACCUGUCUUCUAAAAUACUCUUCUGGUUAUAACAUGAGAGAGCAACAUUGUGUGAGGUGUGUUUUGAGAUUCUAGUAUAGAAUAAAAUAUGGGAAAUGGAUAAAGACUUAAUUUUUAUGUUGAACAAGAAAAAUGAAACCGAAUCCACAGAUGGUAGUUUAUAUGUUCCCUCUUGAUUAAUUUGGUAUUCAUAUUCACUACAGAUGUAACAAUAAAAACAAGCAUAUUACCAAUAAAACAUGUUUGGCAGUUUGUAGGAGAUUCAUGUUAAAAGUUAACUUCUGCAUCAAGCUUUUUAAAAACCUAACUAUAAUCCAAUUACAAUUUGAAAUUCUGGAAUAAACAGAACACAAUUUGAGAAGUCACAGGGCAGUUUGCUUCCAGAUCAUGUGAUUGUUCUAAUUCAAGGUCUUUGUUGCCUUGUUUUGGGAAUGAAUCGUUUCUUAGUCUUUCAUCAUUAUACAUCCUGCACAUCAAUGAUAUCAGUGUUUUUAAAAAGUGUAUUCAAAAGAUUAACAAUAUUCCUGAUAACUAGUGUUUUGAUUUGACACAGCCAGCAAUUUAGCUGAUGCAUUUAUACUGCAGAGUUCCUUCAAGACAACAGAAAAUAAGAAGUACCUCAAUUUAAAUGAGUUGGGAUGAAACCUGCCAGACAUUUGCACUACUUGUGUUAAUCAAGGUAAUAUAGGACAUGCAGAGGUGCCCAAUUUCUGAAUUUGUUUCACUUUUAUAGUUUAUAUCACUUUACAUCUGCAAAAUAAUAUUCCAAAUUUCUUGGGUGUUUUUAUUCAUUUCUCCCCUUGCAGUUGUAUUUGACUGGCAUAUCAGAAAAGCUUGGCAAGUAGUUAAUACUGAGAAAAUAUUUAAAAUAUACAAGAAACACAUCUACAGUAAAAAAAAAGUUCUGAAGAUGUUCCUUUCUUUUCUGUCAACAGAUGUUUAGACUUGUUUCUGUCAGGGCAUUCGCCAAUUUUGAAUUUUUUUUUAAAGCAGUGAUGAAUUGUUUUAAAAUCCUGUCAAAUAAUAAUUUAUUGUAACCAGCUUAAAUCUCAUCUUCAUUUUGUUUCCUCUGUUGUGCUAUCCUCGCCUGUGGUUUGGGAUUUUGUCCUUCAGCAGUAAGGAUCUGGGGGGGGGGGGGGAGUGUUACUUAUUUUAAAUAUUGGGGUUUUUGAUACAAAAUGCAUUUGCAAAAUUAUAAAGAAGGCAUCAGCAUAAAGGACAAUUUAAAUUAUACUGAGUUUUAAAAAUUCUCCAGUGACUAAAAUAAUGAAUUUGUUACUAUGAAUAAUCUGUAUGGAUACCUCACAUCCAGCCAGGUUCAUGGUAGUCGGUGUCUGGCAGUGGACUCCGCUGUGUUUGAGAACUGAAGGAAAACGUAAACAAAUUCAUAGCAACUUGUCAGUUGAGUUAUGUGUCUUUUUCACACACAGUCAAGUAUGUAGCUCAGCAAGGUGUAGCUGAUGGUAUAAUUCAGGCAACCACAGGUAUAAUGUUCAUAUUGGCACGUGAAUGGAAAGUUGUUAGGAUUUAUAUUUUUGGCAGCCUUAACAAUUAAAUGUGUGUUUUAAACCAAGUGAAGCAAUCCACUGCGAGGGGGAAGUAUAAAAUAUGUGUGAUUUUGCCAAUUUAGGUUAAAUUAUACUAAUCAAUUCACUUGGUUCAAUCAUUGCUGUUGUAUGUCUUAUUGCUGUGAAAUAAAUCACUAAUUUUUAAAAUCUAACUUUUGUCUUAAUUUCUUUAUUUGGUUUAAAACUGGAGUGACCAGCAAUGACAUGCAUGAGAGAAUUUUCAUGAUCC